AGGACUUCAUGUAAUCUCUUCUCAUCAAUGAGCUGAGAGCUCAGCUAUGAUGUUCAGUGGCCCUUUGGCACAUUUGCCAGGUCAGGUCCAGCUGUGCCGUAAUAAUCGAGCGUGCCAACAUUCUGGGCUCCUCAAUAAUCAUGUCGAGAGGCUCUGAGAACAGGCUAUUUGAACAGUAUGGCUCAUGGUAUCAUCAUCUCCGUGGACAAGAAUAAUCCACUGAGCGCUGGGGCUUAGCCACUGUCCGGCACUGAGCCACAAGAGGGGGUUGCUCCCUUCCCAGUUGUGCCUUUUAAGUUGCUGUCCCUUUAACUUCAGCCACAGGUAUUCCAGAAAAACCACAAACCUCCUCCCGGGGGAUUAGAAUCCUUCCAACAGCACACCAGAGACCCACAGGUGCUGCCAGAGAACAGGAGGUGGAAACCAGCUUUCCGGCACAUACGGCACUGAGUCUUUGUGAAGGAGCUGAAGCCCUUUCUGGAUCAAAACACCAUUUUCUGGCCAUGUGGCACUUACACACCCGUAUCAGCAAACACGUCCCUUCAGGAACCAUGAAGAUUUUCUCCCAUUGCCGGACACUGAGGUUCACGCGGCUCGCCCAACCACCCCGCUGGCACUUGCACACAGCUCACCAGCUCUGGGCACCCCUGACCCUCGCUGACCUUGAAGCCAUCAACCACUGCGAGAGGCCUUUGCCUAAGAACUUCAACUUUGCUGGAGACGUGCUGGACCAGUGGUCCCACAAGGAGAAGAAAGGAGAGCGACCAGCCAUCCCAGCCCUGUGGUGGGUGAGCGGCACAGGGGACGAGGUGAAGUGGAGCUUUGAAGAACUGGGUUCCUGGUCCCGGAAGGCCGCCAAUGUGCUCACCCAGCCCUGCGGCCUAAAGAGAGGUGACAGAGUGGCCAUCAUUCUGCCUCGAAUCCCAGAGUGGUGGCUCGUCAGCGUGGCUUGUAUACGAACAGGGCUUGUGUUCAUGCCAGGAACCACCCAGCUGACAGCGAAAGACAUCCUCUAUCGGCUGCAAGCCUCCAAGGCCAAGGGCAUUGUGAUCAGUGAGGAGGUGAUCCCGGCGGUGGAGUCCAUCGAGUCCCAGUGUCCCCACUUGAAGACCAAACUCCUGGUGUCUCCACAAAGCCGGAAGGGGUGGCUCAACUUCCACGAGUUAUGUCGGUCUGCCUCUGCAGAGCACAGCUGCGUGGAGACAGGCAGCCAAGAGCCAAUGGCCAUUUAUUUCACCAGUGGGACCACAGGCUCCCCGAAGAUGGCCCAGCACACUCAGAGCAGCAUCACAAUUGGGAACACCAUCUGUGGCAGGUAUUGGCUGGAUCUAAAGUCCUCAGAUGUCGUCUGGAACAUGUCUGAUACCGGCUGGAUCAAGGCCGCCAUCGGGAGCCUGUUUUCCUCCUGGAUUCAUGGAGCCUGUGUCUUUGUGCAUCAGAUGAUCCAGUUUGACGCUGACACCUUCCUAGACACGCUUACCCGUUACCCCAUCACAACCAUGUGCAGCGCUCCCACUGUGUACCGGAUGCUUGUACAGAAAGACCUCCGGAGAUAUAAAUUCCAGAAGCUGCGGCACUGCUUGACGGGAGGGGAGCCGCUCAACCCCGAGGUGCUGGAACAGUGGGAGAAGCAAACGGGGCUGCAGCUGCAUGAGGGCUACGGGCAGACGGAGGUGGGAAUCAUUUGUGCCAAUGAAAAAGGACAAAAAAUUAAACCAGGCUCGAUGGGGAAAGGAAUCUCACCCUAUGACGUCCAGAUUAUAGAUGAAAACGGCAACAUCCUACCACCCGGUGAGGAAGGAGACAUUGCCAUCAGACUCAACUCUACCCGGCCCUUCUGUUUUUUCUCGGAAUAUGUGGACAAUCCAGAGAAAACCUCCGCCACGAUUCGAGGGAAUUUCUUUAUCACUGGAGACAGAGGAAUGAUGGACAGUGAUGGACAUUUCUGGUUUGUCGGCAGAGCUGAUGAUGUCAUUAUAUCCUCCGGAUACCGUAUCGGGCCAUUUGAAGUGGAGAGUGCACUAAUCGAGCACCCAGCAGUUGUGGAGUCGGCCGUGGUCAGCAGCCCCGAUCCAGUCAGAGGAGAGGUAGUGAAAGCUUUUGUCAUCUUAUCUGCACCCUUUAAGUCAGCUGACCUAGAGAAACUAACUCUUGAACUUCAGGAUCACGUGAAAAAAUCAACUGCACCUUACAAAUAUCCAAGAAAGGUGGAAUUUGUUCAAGAACUCCCAAAGACAAUCACGGGGAAAAUCAGACGCAACAACUUGAGAGAUCAUGAAUGGGGACGCAUAUAGCCUGACAGGAAACUGAGGCAUGAAGUUACAGGGUCACUUUCUUAGUCCUGGCUUGGAUAAUUCAGUGAUCACUGUCUUAAAAUUUUUCCUGGCUGAAAAGUCAACUGAGUUUGUGCUUUGUAAUUAAGUCAAAAAAUAAAUUAAAAUCUAAAAAUUAUUUGGGAAGAAAAUAGUCGAUGACCAAACUGACGAAAUGAUGAUUUGUAGUGUUUAAAACUGCAGGGGUCAAAUGAUUGCUUGGAAAUGCAUAGUGGACAAUGAAUUUAUUUUGUGCCUGAUUAAUUAAAAAUAAAGAUCAGAACUAUUCUAAGAGAAAUGUUGAAAACAGAAUUGUGCUUAACGUUUUUAAGUUACUGAUUCUUUAAGGUGGAUUAAAAUAUUAAUGUUAAAAUGAGAGCUAUAAUUUAAAAGCCAGUAAAUUUAAUUAUGUACUGUAUUACUAUAACUCAUUUUGAAGUAAAUUCACUGUAAAAUA